GUGUGUCCCCGUGUGAGGUUGGCCGUUGAUAAGCGCUUAUCUACCCGUGACUUUACGCUCGCUGUUCGGAUAUUACCGGGUUUGAAAGUUGGAGAUUUAUAAGACCAUCUUGGGGUUUUUUCGACAUGGGACCGCAGAGUAUUUAUAUGUCCACAGACGGUGUCAGCAUGGAGGAACCGCCACUGUAUAAGGCUCGCAGAAGAUUCGCCCAUGCAAUCAGAAUGGUCAUCCUAAUGCUACGAAUACACUCUAUGGUCUUCAAAAAGCACAAAACUGGCGGCAAACAAUCCCUGACGUUUACUGAGAUUGCUGAGCAGCUGCCGUCAAAUGACUUGAAGACAUCGGGACUCUCGUUUGACCCGCGAGAUUUCAAAGCAAAACGAGAGAUAAACUUAACCACUGAAGCCAAAAACAUAUUGAGUAUGCCAAGUUCCAUCCGGACAGCAGAGCAAUUGCAAACGGCGUUAUAUGGACUCCAAACUAUGAAGUCUUUUGCAGAGUAUCCGCUGCAUAUGCAAGAAAAGCUAGUCAAAGUUGCUUGGUUUGAAAGCGUGCCACCAAAGAGAGUUAUAAUCAGACAAGGUCACUAUGCAGAGAACUUCUAUUUCGUCAUAUCAGGUUCAGCUGUGGUGACCAUAAUGGAGACCAAGGCAGACACCGGAGAGCCACAAAUCCGCACCGCUGCCGUCCUACGUAAAGGCAGUAGCUUCGGUGAGCUAGCCCUCCUACAUCACUCCAAGAGAACUGCGACAGUCUCAAGCCAGGGUGAUGUUCAACUUCUUGCCAUCGGUAGGGAGGACUUCUUUGACAUCUUCAUGAGGGGGCAGCAGCCUGGAGAAGAGCCGGAUCAUGUCAAGUUUCUAAGGCAAUUGCCCUUUAUGAAGUAUUGGCCAAUGGAGAGAUUAAUUGAGCAUCCAGAGAUGUGUCUCUUUCAUUUUUACAAACGUGGGCAAGUGGUGGUAAAAGACAGCAAUAAAUCAGACUGGAUCUACAUUGUUAAGUCUGGUUCAUGUCAGGUGUUGAAGCAGUUGAAGGCGGUCAAACCAAGUAAAACCCAUCGCUCUGAAUCUAUCAAUGACCUACGGCUACCAAGACUACAUACAAGACAUCAUUCAGCUCCUGAUUUGGCAGGGUCAUCGUCGUCAUCGUCGAAGCGACCAAUGACGACAAGGGUACGGAAUAACAGCGCAGUAGCAUCCCACUUACAGUUCCUAGCGCUGCCCACUAUGUCUCCAGUCCACACCUCACAAAGCUUAGAGUUUGACUCAAGCUAUUCGUCUCAAGAUCCAAUGGAUUCUAACCGGUCACUCCCCGAUACUUUCAUGACGCGCCAACGAUCAGCAGUAGAAACAGCGCCCUCAGAGUCUAACUUCAGCCAGUACACGUCCAACGAUGACCCCGCCCUGUUCAGUUUACCCAACAUUGACUUCAGACGUGGUGCCACGCCAGCAAGACAGUCUUUCUCAAGAAGCAAGUUCAGAAGGAUAUCCAGUAUGAACCCAAGUCCCUCACCGGAACGGACGUCGUUCAUUCCGCAAGUGACAGUAACAGAAAGUAAUACAAACGGCAGCGAUUCCUCUUCAUCAUCUGAUAAGAAAGAAAGCUCAGUCUUUGUACAACUUGAACUUCUUCUGCCCAAAGAUGUCUUUGGUCUCUCAACGCUAACCCUUGAUCUUGGUAUUGAUCAUGAACAAUCAAGUGUUAACUUGGUGAGCAGAGGUGCAGAGUGCAUCAUGGUGCAGAAGGAUUUCUUUGCCAAAUACUGCACCGAGCAUGUCAAACGCCACAUCCGUAAGCUGGUCAAACCCUACCCUCCACCGGAGCUUCUUCAACAUAACCUGCAGAACCACUCCAACUGGACCAACUACAAACAUGAGGCCGUGGCUAGUCUAGUAAAGGAUAGAUCCAAAGCCAAGACAUUGAGAUUAUGAUGAUGAUAAUAAAAACAACUAGGAAGCCAUCUCCUGUUGGGAAGCCAUCUCCUGUUGGGAAGCCAUCUCCUGUUGGGAAGCCAUCUCCUGUUGGGAAGCCAUCUCCUGUUGGGAAGCCAUCUCCUGUUGGGAAUCCAUCUCCUGUUGGGAAUCCAUCUCCUGUUGGGAAGCCAUCUCCUGUUGGGAAGCCAUCUCCU